AAGGUGGCAGAGGCUGAGGAUGACAGUGAUAGUGAUAGUGAUGAUGAUGAAGAUGAUGUUCAAGUCACCAUAGGGGAUAUUAAAACAGGAGCUCCACAGUAUGGUUAUGGAGCAGCACCUGUGAAUCUCAAUAUUAAGACAGGAGGACGAGCUUAUGGAUCUUCUGGUGCAAAAGUUAAAGGGGUGGAUCUAGAUGCACCAGGAAGUAUUAAUGGUGUGCCCCUUCUGGAAGUAGAUUUAGAUUCUUUUGAAGAUAAACCUUGGAGAAAGCCAGGGGCUGAUCUCUCUGAUUAUUUCAACUAUGGGUUCAAUGAAGAUACCUGGAAAGCUUACUGUGAAAAACAAAAGAGAAUACGAAUGGGUCUUGAAAUUUUACCAGUUACCUCAACCACAAACAAAAUUACGGCUGAAGACAAUGCUAUGGAAGUAAGACCAAGUGCAGAGAUUCUCGAUGGCAGAUACCAUCUUUUUAAGGUACAGCAGGGCAGAACUGGAAAUUUGGAGAAAGAGUUGGCAGUGCAGUCGACCAAAGCUGAUUUCACAUCUCCUCCUGCCUUAUUCAAAUCAGGAAUUCCAACAAACAGGCGAUUAUCUGGCACGAUAGAUGUGAUUGGACAGACCAUCACUAUCAGCAGGGUGGAAGGACGACGGCGUGCUAAUGAAAACAGCAACAUACAGGUUCUUUCAGAACGAUCUAAUCCUGAAGUAGACAAUUUUACCAAGCCACCUCCAUUUUUCCCUCCAGGAGCUCCACCUACCCACCUUCCACCACCUCCUUUCCUCCCACCCCCUCCAACUGUCAGUACUGCUCCACCUCUGAUUCCCCCACCAGGUAUACCAAUAACAGUGCCACCACCAGGCUUUCCACCACCACCUGGCGGUCCUCCACCUUCCCUCAUACCCACAAUAGAAAGUGGACAUUCUUCUGGCUAUGAUGGUCGUUCUGUUCGUGCAUUUUCGUAUGGCAGUGUCACCUUUCCGCACCUUGCAGGUUCUGCUCCUUCGUGGUCUAGUCUUAUGGACACCAGCAAACAAUGGGAUUAUUAUGCACGAAGAGAGAAGGAUAGGGAACGUGAGAGAGAGCGAUCCCGAGAUCGGGAUCGAGACCGGGACCGAGACAGAGAUCGAGAACGUACCAGAGACAGGGAAAGGGACCGAGAUCACAGUCCGACUCCAAGUGUGUUCAACAGUGACGAAGAACGAUACAGAUACAGAGACUAUGCAGAAAGAGGCUACGACCGCCAUAGAACAAGUAGAGAGAAAGAAGACCGACACAGAGACAGGAGACACAGAGAAAAAGAAGAAACUAGACACAAGUCAUCUCGAAGUAACAGCAGACGCCGUCAUGACAGUGAAGAAGGGGACAGUCACAGAAGGCACAAACACAAAAAAUCCAAAAGAAGCAAAGAAGGAAAAGAAGCCAGUGGUGAACCUGCUCCUGAACAGGAAAACACUGAAGCUGCCCCUGUGGAAUAGGCUUGUGUGAUUUUUGCCUACUUGCAUAUAUAUUAGUGCCAGAAAUAGAUUACUAUAAAUCUUAUUAUUUUUCUGGGUAUUAAAAUAAUUUGCUCUUAAUCUUGUUCUGUUAGUUUGAAAUCAAAGGUUACUUUGGUUUUUUUGAAAAUAAAAUAAUGAAUUUUUCAUGUUAA